CUCAUUCCCAACAUUCUCUCUCUCAAAUAUUCCGCUUACUAUUUCCUAGCGCACUCGCUCACUAUUAAAGAGCUCAUCUUUCACGCUUCCCAUAGACAGCGCAAAGUUGAAAUGGCGGAGGGAGAGGAUAUUCAACCCCUUGUUGUUGAUAAUGGCACUGGAAUGGUUAAGGCUGGAUUUGCUGGUGAUGAUGCCCCACGAGCAGUUUUCCCUAGCAUAGUGGGUCGGCCUCGACAUACAGGUGUCAUGGUGGGGAUGGGACAGAAGGAUGCUUACGUUGGGGAUGAAGCACAAUCAAAAAGAGGUAUCCUGACAUUGAAGUACCCAAUUGAGCAUGGUAUAGUCAGCAACUGGGAUGACAUGGAGAAGAUUUGGCACCACACAUUCUACAAUGAGCUCCGUGUCGCUCCUGAAGAGCACCCUGUUCUGCUCACAGAGGCACCUCUCAACCCCAAGGCUAACAGAGAGAAAAUGACUCAAAUCAUGUUUGAGACUUUCAACGUGCCAGCUAUGUAUGUUGCUAUCCAGGCUGUCCUUUCACUGUAUGCUAGUGGGCGUACAACCGGUAUUGUUCUUGAUUCUGGUGAUGGCGUUAGCCACACUGUUCCUAUUUAUGAGGGGUAUGCACUUCCACAUGCUAUUCUGCGGCUGGAUCUUGCUGGUCGCGAUCUCACCGAUUAUCUCAUGAAGAUCUUAACUGAAAGAGGUUACAUGUUCACAACCACCGCAGAACGGGAAAUUGUUCGCGAUGUGAAGGAGAAGCUUGCAUACGUCGCGCUUGAUUUUGAGCAGGAACUGGACACUGCAAAGAACAGCUCUGCGGUAGAGAAGAGUUACGAGCUGCCUGAUGGACAAGUUAUCACUAUCGGUGCUGAGAGGUUCCGUUGUCCAGAAGUGUUGUUCCAGCCAUCAUUGAUUGGAAUGGAAGCUGCAGGCAUUCACGAAACUACCUACAACUCCAUCAUGAAAUGUGAUGUGGAUAUUAGGAAGGACCUCUAUGGAAACAUUGUGCUCAGUGGUGGAUCAACAAUGUUCCCGGGUAUUGCUGAUCGUAUGAGCAAGGAAAUAACAGCUCUUGCUCCAAGCAGCAUGAAAAUUAAGGUGGUCGCACCACCUGAAAGGAAGUACAGUGUGUGGAUUGGAGGGUCAAUCCUAGCAUCACUGAGCACUUUUCAGCAGAUGUGGAUCUCAAAGGGAGAAUAUGAUGAGUCUGGUCCUGCAAUUGUUCACAGGAAGUGUUUCUAAGUGGGCAGGGUUAUUUCGGCGACAGAAGCUCACAUGCAUGUCUUACAUCAAAGAUUUCUUUGAUAGAGGGACCAAUGCUUGCAUUUUCCUAAGCUUCCCGAAACAGCAGUUCUUCUCGUCUUUCAU